AUGAUCAAUGAGAAAUGGGAUCAUUCUCAAGAGGUAAAAUGCAGAAUAGAAAAAGCGAGGGCUGCAUUCAAUCAGAUGGCAAAACUGUUCAAGAGUCACAACCUUAAUAUGCACAUCAAGAUCAAACUCCUCUACUGCUACAUUUUCUCAAUACUCUUCUAUGGGGUGGAGUCAUGGACAUUGACCAAGUCAACUAAAAAAAGACUUGAGGCUUUUGAGAUGUGGCUGUAUAGAAGAGUGUUGAGAAUUUCAUGGAUGGACAGAGUGACCAACAAAGCUGUAUUGGAGCGAAUGGAUAAGGAUUUGGAAGUGAUGAACAUCAUCAAGAGCAGGAAGCUUGCAUAUUUUGGCCAUAUAAUGCGUAAUGAAGAAAAAUACAGCCUGCUGAAAUCCGUUCUCCAAGGAAGAUAUGUGGCAGAAGAGGACCAGGAAGAAGGAGAAUAUCAUGGCUGA